AUGUCGGGCCCCGGGCCCCGAGCCUCCGCAACCACCGGGGCCGCCCGCCUGGCCCUCCUGCUGCUCCUGCUGCUCCCGCCUGCCGUCCGCGGCUGGGAGAGCGGGGACCUGGAGUUGUUCGACCUGGUGGAGGAGGUCCAGCUCAACUUCUACGACUUCCUCGGCGUGCAGCAGGAUGCUUUAUCUGCAGAUAUCAGGAAAGCAUAUCGUAAGCUGUCGCUUACUUUGCAUCCAGACAAGAAUAAAGAUGAAAAUGCAGAAACUCAAUUUAGACAAUUGGUGGCUAUCUAUGAAGUUUUGAAGGAUGAGGAAAGAAGGCAACGGUAUGAUGAUAUUCUGAUCAAUGGAUUACCGGAUUGGCGACAGCCUGUGUUCUACUACAGGCGGGUGAGAAAAAUGAGCAACGCUGAGUUGGCAUUGCUCUUGUUCGUUAUUCUCACAGUUGGUCAUUAUGCCGUGGUUUGGUCAAUCUACCUGGAAAAACAGCUGGAUGAACUGCUGAGCAGGAAAAAAAGAGACAAGAAGAAGAAGUCAAGCUGCAAAAGUGUGGACAAAGUGAAACUUGGUGCGAUAGAGAAAAAUGAAAGAUUGCUAGUGAAACCACAGUGGCAUGAUUUGCUUCCAUGCAAGCUAGGAAUAUGGUUUUGCCUUACUCUGAAAUCAUUACCGCAUCUAAUUCAGGAUGCCAGACAAUUUUAUGUUGAAUAUAAGGAAACAAAAUUGAAGGAAAAAGAAGAUGCAUUGGCCAGAGCUGAACUUGAAAUCCUUCAGAAAGAGAAGAAGCCUAAAGUAAAGAAACCAAAAUCUGAAUUUCCUGUGCACACAACUUUGGAAACGAAUGCAUAUGUGCCAUUAUAUGACCACAGAACGUCCAUAGAAGAAAUUGAGGAGCAAAUGGAUGAUUGGUUGGAGGAUAGAAACAAGUCCCUCAAAAAGAAGGCACCUGACUGGACAGAAGAGGACCUCAGCCAGCUGACAAGAAGUAUGGUUAAGUUCCCAGGAGGGACCCCAGGUCGAUGGGAAAAGAUUGCUCACGAAUUGGGUCGAUCGGUGACAGAUGUGACCAGCAAAGCCAAGCAACUGAAAGAUUUGGUUACCUGUGCCCCAGGGAUGGUGAAACUUUCCGAACUCAAAUCGACGGCCCAGAAUGCCAAACCUGCCAAGGCUGCUGUGACUGUGCCAGACCACCUGAUCACCCAGCGAGACGAGGAGGAGGAGGAAGAAGAGGAGGAGCAAGAUGAGGAGGUGGGGGUGAGCGUGGCAGAUCCGACUGAGACGCCAGUCCCUGAAAGCAGGCCUCGGAGACGGAAACCGGCCAGAGGGCCGGGGCCUGACGCCACGGUCCGAGAGGCACCGGACGACAAGGUCCGGGGCAAGCGGCAGAAGGACUUUGACCUGACAGAGCAGGACGAGCCCAGCGACGAGGACAGCCGCAGGAGGGAGAAGAGCCGCCCCGCAGAAGAACUGUGGACUCAGAAUCAGCAGAGACUGCUGGAGGUGGCGUUGCAGCAGUACCCCAAAGGAACUCCGGAGCGUUGGGACAGGAUCGCCAGGUGUGUCCCGGACAGAACCAAGGAAGAGUGUGUGGCUAGAUACAAGCUGCUGGUUGAACUGGUACAAAAGAAAAAGCUGGCAAAAAGCUGAGUAUUCUGUGAAGUUCAACUUCCCUUUUCCAGAAUAAGAUGCUAUUUUCAAUGUCAUAUGCAGUAAUUUGCCUUUUUGUACCUCAGUAUUUCUAUACGUCACGUGCCUUAGUAAAAGAAGUUACCAAUAAAUCUUAUGCCAUCUUGCUUUAAGCAUUUACCGUG